AGAUGGAUGAAAGUGAUGACAGUGAAGUGGAAAUCUUGGGCGAUGAAGAUGAAGACGAAUCAGAAAAUACAGGAAAGUCGAAAAAAUGGAUGAUAGUGAUAUCAGCGAAGUCGAGAUAUUGCCGGACGAGGAAGAAUCUAGUGAAAAAAUAGGACAGACUUUCAUAAGUUAUCAUGAGAAAAACCAGGUCCAGACUAAAACCACCACGAAUAAGAAUGAAAUUCCUGGCCGACUUCGCGCCCGCGCUGACCCUGCCCAACCAGAAGUCCGGCGAAAUUUCCCACUUCCUGCAAAGCCGUGAACCGACUUUCCAAAACGGAUUUAAAGCAAUACUACAAUCUCACCGAGGAGAAAAAAUUCCGCUGCACCAUCUGCGACGUGGAGGAAGACAACAUUACGAAAUUCAGGUGGCACUUGAUGAUCCACAUUGAAAAGGUUGGCAGCAAAAGUAAAACCAAAAGUUCCUGCGAAAAUCCUGCUUUAUCUUUGCCGGAAGGGACGACACGCGCAGAUGUGGAUGUCAUGGAGAGGGAGGAGCUUCUUCAAUACGGCGACGUUCUCGAACCCAGUGGCGACUUCCGGUGCAACAUCUGCUCCUCGUGUUCAAGUGUCGGAGAGAGAGUGCAAAAUUUAAGAAACAUUUGAAGAGCCACGUUGGAGACCAAGCCGAAAGUUCGGACGACGAAGAUCCUGGGGCGAUAACACCCCUAUUAACCUUACCGGAGGGGACGACACUCUCAGACGUGAAUGCCAUGGAGAGGGAGGAUCUUCUUCAAUAUUGCGAAUAUCUCGAACCCCAGGGCGAUUUCCGGUGCAAACUUUGCUCCGCGCGGUUAAAGGGUCGCAACAACAUUUCAAAGUUUAGGAUACAUUUACGGAGCCACAUUGCAAAGGUUUCUGCUGUGAUAACGCCCGCUUCCUCCUUGCCGGAAGGGAUCACCGUCGAAGACGUGGAUGACAUGGAUAGGGAGGAUCUUCUUCAAUACGGAGAUAUUCUCGAACCCAGUGGCGACUUCCGGUGCCACCUUUGCACCCUCGUGUUAAAGUGUUGGGGAAACAUUUCCAAAUUUAGGCGACAUUUGCGAGCACACGUUGUGAAUGGUGACACGUCCCCCAUCAGAGCUCUGAAAAUGUCCACCCCAAAAUUAAACCUAACUUUACCACCGUCCUCCACAUUUUUGACAAUGGGAAACGACGAACUCCGUGAAUUCUGCACCUUCCUCCCCAACGGAAAUAUCAGCUGUAACAUCUGCAAAAUCAAAUUACGGGCUCAAUCAAACAUCUCCAAGUUCAAGAGACACCUUUUUUCUACUCACAACACGAACACCGUGGAGGAUUUAAUCACGAUUGGUGACGAUGACGACGACGAUGACGAGCAGGACGUAAAAAUGGAAGAGGAGGAUGUAAAAGAAGAAGAUGAUGAUGAAGAAGCUGGGUUUUUUCUUGGCGAGGAAAUAGUUCCGGACGCUUCUUCGGAUAAAGAUUGUAUUAUUUCCCCCAUGGAUGGAAGUGAGAGGGGCGAAGAAGAUAAGGCAGAAGAAUCUGAGGCUGACGAGGUGGAAAUACUUCCUGACGGGGAGGAGUCAAAUGAAGAUUGUGGAAGUGAUGAGGGGGAGGAAGAAGAUAAAGCAGAAUCGGAAGAGGAGGAGGACUGAAUAGUCGUCAGAUUUAUAAUGCAAAAUUUUAUACGGAAACUAAAAUAUUUAUGAAUUGCAAAUAAUAAUCAAUAUUAUGUAUUGGCAAAAAAGUUGUAUCUUCGUAAUAAAUAUGUGACAAAGGGUA